UUGAUGAGUCGUGAAAUUACGCGAUAUUCGACGCUAAUUCCUUAAGCUUUUGUGACUCCUUAAGCACUUUUGUUGUUACUUUUUGUGUUUUUAUGUUGUUUUGUAGGAAAAGAUGCCCGGAGAGCAUAACGGAGCAAAACGGAGCAAAACGGACCAAAAUAGAGCAAAAAUAGAACAAAUUCAUACUUUCUGGCACCAUAUGCUACACGCAGAGUAUAGCAUAGUGCAAAAUGUCACCACAUGCUACGGUUUUGGCACAACAUGCGAUUAGCAUGUUGAACAUGCGAAUAGCACAUGGUGCAGCAUGUUGUGCAAGAGGGUAUUAUUGUCCAGAUUUUGUUCCCGUUUUUGGAAUGAUAUAAAUACUCUUUUAGGGUUUGUAAUAGAUAUCUUUGGCAGUUUUUCAUCAAGUUUGGAGACUAGUUUUUACACCACACUUUGGGGUUGAAGAUUUGAAGAUUUGGUUGAGUAUUUCUUAAACCUUUAAUUCAUUUCUUCAAUUCCUUGCUUUGUAUUGUAUAUCUAAGUGUGUAACUUUCUAUUCCAUGACUUGAAUCUUGUUUAUGAAAAUAUUCUUGAUUAAAGUUUGGUUUGAAAGUCUUGUUAUGCUUAUGUAUUGAAUGAUUCUUAUUGCUAUUGAAGUGGGUCUUUGUUGAUUUAAUUAAUCUCGUUCUUGAACGUUUCCAAAGGGAUUAGCUAACCCUAGGACUCACCCAUUUACUUAGAUUGAGCUCGGAAGAGGAAAUCUAGGUUGGGAAAGAUUGAUUAACAAGAAUUUGGGUAAUAAAACCCAUCUAAUAACUUGAGCUAGGAAUAGGAAAGUUACUUGAGAUUCAAUUGGUUGUGCUAGAUAUCACACUCUAAGGCUUGGAAAAGCUUAGAGUGAAAUUCAUUGAUUUGGUUGGAAGACUUUCAGUGAGAUUGUAGAAACCAUUAUCUAUUAACAUAAACCCGCUCUUAGUUGUAAAAUCAUAAAAUACGUUGGAUCGUUACUUGAGUGUAAUAUCCUUUGUAUCCAAACUUGUAGCCAUUGAUCAUUUUACUUGCUUUCUAGGUUAGUUUACAUUUCCGCAUUAGUUAUAAUUUUCUCAAAAACCCAAAAUAUUUUCUAUCGUUUGGCUUUAGCUUAGUUGGUGAAAAUUUCAUACUUUUCUUAAUCGCCUAUAUAUUGUUCUCUGUGGGAUUCGACCCCCGACUCAUAGUUGGGUAAAUAUAUUGCAUACGACCGUGUACACUUUCUCUUUGAGGAGUGUAUUUGGACGUUAUCAAAAAUGGCGCCGUUGCCGGGAACAAUUUGGCGUAUUUGGGUUAGUUUGGGAUUUAAGCUAACUUGCUUUUGUUCAAACUUUCUUUGCUUUAUUUUAUCUUUAAAAAAAAAAAAAAAAAAAAAAAAAAAUGGCAUCUUGGAAUGAAAAUGGGUUUGAUGGUUGCAAUCCAUAUUUUGAUGACCCAUGUCCUUAUUGUGGAGGACCCCACUCUUGGCAAAAUUGUUUAAAGUCUCCCGGGGGAGGAUUGUGCGCACAAUCUCGAACCCAUGAGUGGAGCAUAUGUGAUAGAUGUGGUGGUCAAAAUGGCCAUUGGGCUAAUUGUGCUUAUGUGUCCUUCCCUUCCCCGAACCCCUACUAUGACGAUUCUACUUUGUGUUAUGACAAUGAUAGGGAAAUAAAAGUGGAAGAAGUUGAGAAUGGACAAAAUGGAGAGUUCAAGCUCAUGAUGGAAUGCCUAUUUGAAGGAGGAAAUGAAAAGCAAAAAAGCCUUGGAGGAGUACUUGGAAACUAAUCUCCAAAAUGGCUUGAUGAAUGAAUACAAAAAUCUUUCAUGGGCAUUUGAACAAAAUGAAGAAAAAUUCUCAAAUGCUCAAUAUGAGGAGAGAAUGCCCAUGUUGGAGGCCAAUCAUGAAAAGGAGGAAUCAAGAAUUGAACAUCCUCCAACCGAAUCCAUUUUCAUCAGAGAUGCCAAAGAAGAAAAGAAAUUAGAGUCAACCGUUGUCUUGAGAAAAAUGGUGGAAGUUGACUCUAGUUUGGGGGAAAAUGAGAAUGUCAAAAUCCGGAAAAAUUUGCAAAUUGGGAGGUUGAAGUCUCACUCCAAGCAUUUUUCAACAUUGGAUUUGUAUGGUGAUAUGGGAAUUGAGCCACAUACAUCCAUGUUGGAUGGUGAAGAAGAAAGACAAGUGCCUUACAUCUUGCAAUUCGAAAGAGUAAGAAGGCAAAAUGACAUUCCUCAUUUGAAAGCCAAGAAGUGCAAAAUGAAGAAAUUAAUGUUUGGCUUGUUCAUCUACUUACCACCCCCCACCACUCAUGGUCACAAACUUGAGUCCAAGUUAGGUGCCCAAUUCAUAAGCUCCAAAUGGCGAGAAAAGUGGUGAAGGUAACCGUCGUGCCGCGAC